UAUUUCCAAUAUAUGCGGUUUUUUUUUGAGUUGUUAAAAAUUCGGGAGUACCGGAGAUGCGUUACACGCUAGUUAAUAUAAAUAUUUCAGAUGGCGUAAAAUGAACAAAAUUUUAACUUUUAUUCCCAAACUAGGGACAAUAACUACCUCAGUUCGUCCGUGCAAUCGAAUCGUCACUUGCAGAAGCUUCACUAAAUUCGACUAUGAGGAUGCACUAAGUAUUGAAUCUCUGCUUACAGACGAAGAAAAGAUGUUGCGGGACCAAUUCAGAGGGUAUUGCCAAGACAAACUCAUGCCUCGCAUUCUAAUGGCUAACCGAAAGGGUGUUUUCGACCGUGAAAUUAUGUACGAGAUGGGCUCCCUUGGAGUGUUGGGAGCCAUGAUCCAAGGCUAUGGAUGUGCUGGCGCAACAUCAGUCGGAUAUGGUUUAUUGGCACGAGAAUGUGAGAGAGUAGAUAGUGCCUACAGGUCGGCAAUGAGCGUGCAAUCUUCCCUCGUUAUGUUCCCAAUAUGGAAGUAUGGUUCAGACGCACAGAAGGACAAGUAUCUGCCCAGGUUGGGGUCUGGCGAGUUAGUGGGUUGUUUUGGCCUCACAGAACCCAACCAUGGAUCUGACCCAGGCGGCAUGGAAACUGUUGCUAGGUAUGAAGCAAGUAAUGACUGCUACAUCUUGAACGGGUCUAAGACCUGGAUAACUAACUCGCCAAUUGCCGAUAUAGCUAUUGUGUGGGCAAAAGUUGACGGGGUUUUGAAAGGCUUCAUUGUGGACAGGGAAAUGAAAGGAUUCUCCACCCCAAAAAUUCCGGGGAAAAUGUCACUGAUGGCUUCUGAGACCGGCAUGAUUGUGCUGGAAGACGUGGAAGUUCCUGCUGAGAAUCUUCUUCCAAAUGUGUCUGGAUACAAAGGUCCCUUUGGCUGCCUAACAAGUGCGAGGUAUGGCAUUGCUUGGGGAGUGAUGGGAGCUGCAGAAUUUUGCUUUCAUGCUGCUAGGCAAUACGCUCUGGACCGCAAACAAUUCGGAGUUCCUCUUGCCGCAACACAACUGAUCCAAAAGAAGUUUGCCGACAUGGUCACUGAAAUUAACAUCGGACUCACAGCUUGUGUACAAGUAGGGCGGAUGAAAGAUCAAGACAUAUAUUCUCCAGAAAUGAUUUCGAUGGUUAAAAGAAACAGCUGUGGUAAAGCUCUGGACAUUGCAAGGCAGUGUCGUGACAUACUGGGUGGAAAUGGCAUCUCGGACGAAUACCACGUGAUGAGACAUGCCAUUAAUUUGGAAACUGUGAACACAUACGAAGGAACUCAUGAUAUCCAUGCUCUUAUUUUGGGAAGGGCAAUCACUGGGAUUGGAGCCUUCCAUGCUAGUGGAAAAUGAAUACUUAAAGUAGUUGUAAUGGCCUGUAUCUCGUAGACAAAUUUAAAAUAUUUGAAACUGAUAUUUUUGAAUGGGAAUCUGAAAUACUGCAGUAAGAGUUGAAAAAGCGUACUGUCGAAA